AUGGAGACCAUUCGUGGUCUUCUGUGGAAGCCCACGCCGGAGGAGCAGAAGAGGAAAUGCAACGCUCUUGUGCGGCAGAAUGUGCGCAAACUGGACCGCGAUAUCCAAGGUCUCAAGACAACCGAACAAAAGACGAAGAACCUUAUCCUCCAAUCCUCCAAGCGCGCGCAACGAAAUCCCUCUAUGGCCAAGCAGGCAAACCAGGAGGUGCGGAUCUUUGCUCGAGAGUUGAUCCGCGUGCGGAAACAGAGCGGGCGACUGCAGACGAGCAAGGCGCAGCUCAACUCUGUUCAGAUGCAGGUCAACGAAGCGUUUUCCGUGCGGAAGAUCGAGGGCAGCAUCAAGGCAAGCACUGGUAUUAUGAAAGAUGUCAACUCGCUCGUCAGAUUACCGGAGCUGACGGGCACCAUGCGUGAGCUAUCUUCUGAGCUCAUGAAGGCUGGCAUUAUUGAGGAGAUGGUGGAUGAUACCCUAAUGGACACCGAGGGCCUAGAGGAAGACGAAGAAGCAGAGGAGGAGGUUGACAAGGUCCUGUCAGAUAUUCUCAAGGACAGGCUACCGGCGAGCAAAGCCAAGGAGGACGAACUGCCAUCUGUCGCACAGCCAGAGGAGGAAGAGGAAGAUGAUCAGGCAGAAAUGCUAGCACAGAUGAGAGGCAGGCUCGAGGCGCUGAAGAGCUGA